AUGACUGACUUCUGGACCUGCACCGUGGUCCACAAGAAAUACCUCGGUGUUCGCGUGUAUUUCGUCGACGCCAAUUGGGAAUUUCGCUCGCUGUUGCUCGGCGUGCGUCGAUUCUCACCGAGUUAUGUCGAUCGUGAAGGGGGUAUCCAGGGUCCGUACAAAGCGUGGGUACUCCAGUUGCUAGGCGAUUUUGGUCUGAGCACGAGUGAUUUUUUUGGAUCUACGAGCGAUGCUGGUCCGGAUGUGAAACAUUUGCUGACAAACAACCUACAGUUGAAGUGGGAGUGGUGUAUGGCUCACAUGGCGCACGCCGCCACCAAGGAGGCUUGUGGGAUGAAUGGUGAUACGGAUCGCUCACGUAACCCGGGUAUGACCAAGCUCAUCGCCGACAUCAAGAAAACGAUCUCUGAUGUGCAGUCGAUUGAGAAGACUGGUGAUUUAUUUCCUGCGCUUUGCACGACGCAAACUAGUACAUCAACUAUCCAGCUGCUAAGUUAUACGGCCAACCGUUUUCUUAGCGUCGCAAGUGCUAUUCGCCGAACCCCACCACAAUUUCUGCUCAGAAAUCGCCGCCUCGAUCUCGAGCAGAUUUUGUCGCUGCUAGAACCAAUCACGAGUUUGAAAAGACUUUGCCAGGCGGAAAAACCAAACCAAGUCGAAGUGUUGAUGGAGCUGUAUCGGAUUCGGCUGGACACUCUGAACUUGGACGAGCCGUUGGAAGACUACCGUUCGGAGCGAGAAUCCCCCAGAUGGAUUGAAGUUGGCUCUUUGACUGAGUUAGCUGGGCUAACCAGGCGUUUACUGCGAGAUGCCUUUGACACGCGUUUCUUCUGCCGAUACACGUCCGAUGAUUACCUCGAUGACGGCGAUUUCGUGUUCGAAAUGCAGCAAAGGCUGCAUCCAGAAUACAAAAAUCCUGAAAAAUCACUUAACACUAUCAUCAGGCGCUUGUACGAGGAGAAGAAAUCAUCGGGUGAUGUCAUUCAAAUUUAUAUUAAUCGCGUAAACGAGAACAUCAAUACGAGAGUUCGCGGGUUAUUGGAGCAGGUAUCUGAUCCUGUCGAGGAUACCCUACCGUAUGAAGUUUCUCCUGCCGCAGAUGAGGACGACCGACCUUUUAGCAGGAUUCGAGAGCGGUUUGGGACUCAAAGGCGUAACAUGUACCGCUUAUUCGACAUGAUCGCGUUGGACAAGAACUUCGUCGGUGGGAAGUGGAUCCGGUUUCGAUGGGCGCUAACGAGAAUGUACUAG